UUUUUUCAGGAAAAGAAGAGAAAGAGAGAGAGAGAGAGAGAGAGAGAGAGAGAGAGAUUGGAGAUGAUCUGAGUUUGCUGAAGAAAAGCAGGCCGCGGAUCAGAACCACAGCGCGCGAGGCUUUAACACCGGAACAGAUUUCCCGUGUUCUCUGCUGGUUUUCCGGUUGUCCCUCGGCGUUCCUGCGUGUCCCGGAUGUGGACAUGGCCGUGAGGUUGUUAUGGCGUGAGUUAGCGGCGGUUUCACUCGGACACGGAGCGAGUGUGUGAAAGCACUUCAUCAGUCUGUUUCACUGGAAUAUAGAGACGCUGUGAAAAUGCAGAAGAGACGGAGAACGUCUUCAUCCUGCAUCGCUUUGUUCCUCUGCUCCGUCCUUCUCUCACUCGCCCUGCCCAGGUGUGUGUCCUGCGCAGGUACGGACAAAACGGACAAAACGGUGGUGAACAAAGAGGAAUAUUACACCGCUACAAUUAACGCCACCGUGCAGGACAGCAGGGGAAACACCAAGCGCGUGAUAUCAAAGGAGGACGGCAGGUACGGACAGAACUCGCCCAAAUCGGAGGUGAAGGGGAUAAUAAUUACACCUGCUGCUGUCAACGGAGUGGUGGACAUGCAGGGCUGCUGUCCGUACACUCGUUUCAUCAUUCCUCCGAAGACGACGCACUGGAUCGCUCUGCUUCAGAGAGGGAAGUGCAUGUUUAAGGAGAAGAUCCUGAAGGCCGCCGCCUUUAACGCCUCUGCUGUGCUCAUCUACAACAACAGCUCCAAAGAGGACACGGUCACCAUGGCGCAUGAAGGCACCGGGGACACGGUGGCGGUGAUGAUUACCGAGUCGCUGGGGAAGGACCUGCUGUCUUUCUUGGAGAAGAACGAGACGGUUUGGGUUUCGGUGUCGGUCGGUUCUCGAGGUCCGGUGAAGAACCUGAACCGCGGCUCGCUGGUGUUCGUCUCCAUCUCCUUCAUCGUCCUGAUGAUCAUCUCCUCCGCCUGGCUCAUCUUCUACUUCAUCCAGAAGAUCAGAGACACUAACGCACGGGAUCGGAGUCAGCGACGGCUCGGAGACGCUGCGAAGAAAGCGAUCAGUAAGCUGACGACUCGGACGGUGAAGCGAGGCGACAAGGAAACAGAACCUGAUUUUAAUCACUGUGCUGUGUGCAUCGAAGGCUACCAGCUGAACGACGUGGUCCGCAUCCUACCCUGCAAACACGUUUUCCAUAAGAUGUGUGUGGAUCCGUGGCUGAACGAACACUGCACCUGUCCCAUGUGUAAACUCAACAUCCUCAAAGCUCUGGGCAUCAUGACCAACCUGCAGUGUGUAGAUAACGUGGCGUUCGAUAUGGAGCGGAUGACGCGCACUCACUCCUCCAGCCAGCGGGUGGCGCUGAUGGACGUGACGUCUGAGACGAGCGUCAGUGUGGAGCCGCUCACACGCUCCGGCUCGUCUCAGCUGCUGUCCGAGUCCGAGCUCACACACACACACUCUCACACACACCGCACCGGGGAGAUCAACAUCGCCGUCACCAAAGAGUGGUUUAUUGUGGGCAGCUUCGCCGUCCUCAGUGUUUUAACGCUGUGCUACAUGAUCAUCAGAGCCACCGGCAACAACUACGACAACACAGCAUUGGACAUGGCCUGAAGACGGACGUCGGAUUUCCAGAUUAAAUCAUUAGCUCACAACGAGAUUUUCUUAAUUAUAGCGUCUUGCACUUAAUUAAUGAAGUUCAUGUUUCUGAAGCUGUUUAUUUUUUGCUUUUCAGAAUCCAUAUCUUAUCUUACGUCUGUUUUAAGAAUCUUUUAAUGUUUUAAUGUUAACUGUUACGAGAAUUUUUCAUACUGGAGUUUUAUUUUCACGUCUCCGUGCAGUGUUCUGAAAUGUUUUGGGGUUUUUUUUAUUUUUAAACAGACCAUUAAGGUUUCGUUCAUUUGAUUUAUGUAAAAAAAAACACCUUUUUUUUUACUUUCCGUAUCCCAAUUCACUCUGAAAUGAACCUCCGUCUCCGUCUUCGUCUCCGUCUCGGCGUUAAGUACGACGUAGUGUGAAGUGUGAAGGGGAUUUGUUGCGUCCUGAAAACCAGCAUAAAAACCAUUCUCAAGUAAUCAAUAAGAAAUAAGAACUUAAAUAAAAGUAAAACCCGUCAUUCAGAUAAGAACCCGAGUAAGAGUUUAAUGAACGCACUUCAGUUUAAUUACAUUUAGCACUUCAGUGGAUGUGAAUAUUGUUGAAUAAUAACACAAGAGCAUUUUAGGAUAUUUUUGUACAACCCUGGUAAUAGCGCCUAUGUCCAGAACUCACACGUCAAAUUCCUCAUUUAUAACAAAAACUUUAUAAAUAUACAAAAUGUACAGUAUUUUGCAUUAUUUAAGCUCCUUAAACAUGAUUAAUUCCAAACAGCGUCAUAUUCAUUACAUGUGAAAUGCACUGUACACUGUAUAAUGAGUCCAGAAAACAAAAUGGAGGUCGUAAAAACGAAGAAAAUGUAAUGAAUUAGUACAAUUUAUUAAAAAGUAAAAGUACGGUAUUUAUUAAAUCCGAUCGCACGUGGUCACUGGAGUCGUUUAUAUUUAACGAAUAUCCCACGUCUCGGAGGCUACGUGUACGUUAAUCCGGAUCUGAAAACUGUAUUUAAAACGUUUUAAAUCGCUUUCCGUCUACACUGACGUUUUCAAACGUUUUCUAAAAAUUCCCAUCCAAACUGAAACAUCUGAAAACGCUCACGUCUCUAAACUGCACAUGCGUGAUCAGAAUGCGCUUUACUGCUGCGUACCGUGUGUUUACGCCUACAACGAAGUGGUCUUGUGUACUGGAGCUCAGUAAUAACAGUAAAACACCAGAAAUAAAAAUAAUAUUAAUAAGAUAAACGUUGUAAGGUAAGAUAAGAAAUAGAAUAGAAUAUCACUUUAUUAAUCCCACUGAAGGGGAAAUUCAUUUUGUCACAGCAGCAGACAAUAAAUAAAUAAGUUAAUAAAAAGUGCACAUAAAUAAAUACAUGUACCAAACACACAACGUUAAAAUAGAAAAAUAAAAAGAAAAAUAGAAUAUUCAUCCAGGUGGCAGAUCAUGUGCUGUUGUAUAAUCUUAUAGCCGCUGGCAUGAAGGAGCGUCUGAAGCGUUCUGUUUAAAGUAAAAGGAGAAGAGAAGGGUAUGAACUGAGAAGCUUAAACUAUAAGCAUAAAUAUAAAAAUAUAAACAAAAUAUAUUUUAGGAAAGUAAAAGUGAGACUCUUUGGCCUGCGUCGUUUCCGUCAGGCGUUUGUUUAAAAUCCAAUCUGAAGGUUGUAUGAAGUGACAUUAAACUGGACAACAGCUGCAGCACAGCAGCCUCCACCAUCUUGUUUGCUUUGAGUUGAAUGAUCACAUGACUGUGUCACAUGACUAAAAAUACGUUUUUGAAUAUCUCCAUUUUCUCAGUCCACACUACAACAAUCUGAAAACGGCGUUUUCACAUUCAUCCAUUUGGGAGAGCGUUUUCAAAAAGCUCCGUUUUCGCUGGACGAAAACGCCGUCAGUGUGAACGGAAAACCAAAACGUAGAGAAAACGCCGUCAGUGUGGACGGAAAACCAAAACGUAGAGAAAACGCCGUCAGUGUGGACGGAAAACCAAAACGUAGAGAAAACGCCGUCAGUGUGGACGGAAAACCAAAACGUAGAGAAAACGCCAUCAGUGUGGACGGAAAGAGAAAACGUAGAGGAAACGCCGUCAGUGUGGACGGAAAACUAAAACGUAGAGGAAACGCCGUCAGUGUGGACGGAAAACCAAAACGUAGAGAAAACGCCGUCAGUGUGGACGGAAAGAGAAAUCGUAGAGACAGUGAUGCGUUCUCAGAUUAAUCCGGAUUAACGUGGACGUCGCCUGAGACGGAGAUUAACGCUCAGAUCCCCGAUGCCAGACGCACUGCAUUAAUCCUGCUCCAUAAUCGGCUUAAAGUUUUUCCGGGAUUUAUUAUCUCUUUAUUAUUUAUUGUUUAUUUUCAGUAAUGAAUUUGUUUGUGAUUAAUUAAUUGAGGAGAAACUGCGGCUCAGUUUAAAAUGAACUCUCACACUGUUGUAUAUUUUAUUUAACUUUUUUUCAUCAUUUCUUCUUUUGUAUUGAUUUAUUUCCAUUCUUUAUUAUUUUUUAGUUAAGAAUGAAACAACUGUUACAUCAAACCAAUAAACAAUAUUAUAAAACAUUAUAAAACCAUGAACGAGUGGCAGUAAAGAGCGUUUUAGUUCCUGAGCUCUGACGUCUGUGGCUUUCAGCUGAAGUUUUUCUGCUAAGAUCAGUUUUUUUUUUUUUUCACAGCUUUAAUUCCUCCGUCACAUCCUCCUUUAUUUCAUACACUUUAUUCGCUCGUGUUUAUUUUUCUUCUUUAAAACAUAUUUUGGUUCCUGUCAGGUGACGUCACACUCCUGAUGUGUGUCUUUUUAAUGCUGUGGAUGAAAAUAUAAAGCGCGCACACAAACACACACACACACACACACACACACACACACACACUCCUUCAUCUCUCUUUAGUCGAGGUGUUUUCUGUAAAACUGAUUUGCACUAUUGGAAUAAAUGUUCUGUAAAACCACA